AUGGCAGAAACGAAACCGUCAAGAAAAGUGGUGGAGUACCCGCCCAAGCAUAAGGACAAGUCCGCACAUCAAACCAUCUACAUAUACUGGGCCGUUCCCGAAGAUGUUCCUCAUCUCAUCGAGAUCGAACGCAGCGCAAGCGAGCUGUUUCGUCACAUUGGAAUGGACUCGGUCGCGUACGAUGAACCCCCUUCGGAGAUACACCUCAUCAAGGACUCCAUCAGCAAUAGGAUCCUUCUCGCGAGUGAGGAUCCGUCCUUAGAAAGCUCGCCUGUGGCCUACUUGAGCAUGGAAUUAGACGAGGAUCACAAAACAGUGUACCUGGCUCAGGUGUCGGUGGACUACCGCUAUGCGCGGAAAGGGAUCGGAGAACGGCUCAUCGACCACCUCGAGGCAUAUGCGCAUAGGAAGGGCUACGAAACGAUCGUGCUGACGACCUUUAAAGAUGUGCCGUGGAACGGUCCAUAUUACCAGCGAUUGGGAUUCUAUGAACUGGAUGCGGAGCAACUGAAACGGCCGGAACAUGGAACAGUCAGUGACCAUUUGGAUGCGGAAAAGGAGAAUGACCGUAUCAAUAAGUGGUCGCGGGUUGCAAUGAGGAAGGAUUUGUAG